AUGCUAUCGGCGCCUCAACCUUCGACCUACGCAACCGAUAUCAUCGCGGCAGGCUCCGGUUCUGCUUCUGACAACUCCGACCAUAGUGCAUCACCUACCCCCGACGCCGAAGACCAACCGCCCCCGAGCUCUCGAAAGGGUCCAAUCAGGCAUUACACAACGCUCCAAGAGCAUGCCGAUCAGAUUUUUGAAACCGACGUGUCAGGAAAAGACGAGGCUGUUACCCCAAGGCAUGUCAACAGGCGUGAAGGCUUCAGCUGGGGGCAACAACCGGAGCCUGGAGACCAAAGGCAAAGCCGUCACCCCAUGACUGUGGAGUACGGGCGACAGAGAUCGCCUCCACCACUAGACGAGAUCAUCAGACGAUCCACUGUAAUUGACGAUGCCGACGAUAUCCAGAAUCACAAACUUCGCCAUGUUGACAGCACCGAGUCGCGCGUGUCGACAGCCAUGCGCAUAGCCGACUCUUUCUCUUCGAACGCGAGCGAUUACCAUCCUUACGACAAUCGGAGGUCUUCCAUUAUCGCUUUUGCAAAGGGCAUCGCAAGGCAUGUACCGGAUCUCAGAGUGCUACAUCUGCCAGAGAACAAGCUAGUUCAGCAGAGACGAGAUUCCAAAGACGAUUCCAUCUUGAGGCUACAGAAGAAAGAUCGUGUGCAGUCUUUUGCACCACCACCGUCGCCCAAACCGAGCAACAGUCAUGAGAAGUUACCAAAGCCAGCUGUCGUGAUUGAUGAACCAUCGAUAGCUGUCGAGACAUCCACCCCACCAUCGAACCCGCAGUCACCGGCAACGAAUAGCGGACUUCGAGCCCGUCGGAAUGUACAACUUGGUCUGACAAUGCCGGAUAACAUGCCAGAUUUGCCCGCUCGUGGUCGCUAUCCAGUCGAUGUGGCGGGCAAUAUUGGGGCUCCUCGCGCACGAAGUCCCAAAACACCAUGGAUUCGCAGCGAUCAGCCAAAGCGGGCGCAGGACUGGCUGGUCAAGUCCACGCCCAUCAAAGAAGAAGACUAUAUUGGGGAUAGCAUGUCAAUACUGAACAGCGACAAUCAUGGUGGUCGCGGUCUCUUGCCUGGUAACGACGCAAUGUUCUCCUCACAGUCACCAACGCUUGAACUCCCACCUCUAAAAGUGAGAGAACGGCGUUAUAUGAGUCAUCAACGCACAGGAAGAUCGCACAGUGGACGGAGUAACUACAGCAAUACGAGUGCAAGUGACUCGACUGCACCACAUACGCCGGAUGGUAAUUGGAAAGUACCGGAUGAGGGAGCACAGGCCCAUAGCAAGGUACAAUUACAGCAAAUGGCACAGGAAACAAAGAAGACGCGAGCUUCUCGGUGGAAAUGGAGAAACACAGCGUCUAGUGAAGACACACCUCCGCCUUCUAGACCAGAAUCUCGAGUAAGGCGCCUAUCCAUCAAUCCCUUUAAACGCUCAAAUCGCCUUGCCGACCAGGUUGUCUUUGAAAAAUCUAGACAAAAGACACUUUCACAUCACCCAGCUAGUCGCGGUAAACCAGACCACCAUGCAUCCACAUCCCUAUCACACAUGCAGGCUCCCCCUGCAUUCAUUCCCCCGGGACUCAAUCGUGUCCCCACGCCCCCCAUCUUCGACACCAACGGCGAAGUCAAAGGCAAGCUCGCCGAUUUCCUCUUCGACUUCCAAAGCAGCGGCAUGCGAAGUUCACGCAACAGACCAACAUCGAGUUCCGAAGGGCACUGGGACUCGGACGCACUCCUCAUGAGUCUCUCCACCGACCUUGUGAAUCUCGAUAAUGAUGACGACGAAGAAGAAGAAGGACCUGAAGGGCCGCUCAAAAGCAGCGCCACAAUGAACAGCCUCACUUCCUGCUUCUUCGCCCCAGACAAACAACACCACACCAACAAUCGCACAAGCAGCAUCAGCUACCUAGGCGUCAAACCCCCGCUGAGCCCCUCGUUUGCUGCAAAUUCCGACCCUAUGCUCGGCCACGACGGAUGGUACCGUGUGAACCACGAGCGGGGCGCCCGUCACCGCGACGCGCGCACUGUUGCGGCGCUGGCGAGACAGGAAGAGGAAGAGCGCCGCAAGUUCGAAUGGCUGGUUCCUGAACAUCUGCCGAACAGCCCCUUGUGCCCCUUGCAAGAAAAGUACGUGGGUGUGGGCAAAGGGCUGUGCUACUGGCAUGGGAGGAGGAGUGGAGACAAGAUUAGAGGGGGCGAGUAUGCGAGGUCAGACGUGAAGCCGGAUGCGUGGAAGGCGGUGCUGAGUGGAAGUGGAGAGUAUGCUAGCAGUGGUGGUGAAGGAGAAGCGGCUGUGGGAGCGAAUUUGGCCAUGUCGCCGGGGAUCGGGGGACCGCUGGCGAGGGAGGCAAAGAAAAGGAGAUUGGUUAGUUUGUCUAGUCCGUAA